GCCGUUACCAGAGCAACGGGGCCAUGGCUCUGAGGCGGCUUUGCGAGCGGGUGCUGGGCCCGAGUGGACUGGGAGUCGAGCCUGACACUCGAGGGUUCUUCGUCCGAUUACAGGGCCGAGCUUUGGCCAGCUCAGCAGCGGCUCGGGGACGAUGCGAAGCUCUGGUUUACCAUCAGCAUGGCGAGCCGCUCCGUGUGAUCCAGCUUGAAACCCUCAAAUCUCCUCAGCUCCGUGAUUCUGAUAUCAGGGCCCAAAUGUUAGCAGCACCCAUCAAUCCGUCAGAUAUCAACAUGGUGCAAGGUACCUAUCCUAUUCUUCCUGAUCUUCCAGCAGUUGGAGGAAAUGAGGGAGUAGGACAAGUUCUAGAUGUAGGCAGUAAAGUAACUCAUUUGAAGCCAGGAGACUGGGUGAUACCAUCUGAUACAGGGCUGGGAACCUGGAGAACAGAAGCAGUGGGCGAUAUGAAUGGCUUUAUUAAAGUUCCAAAUAACAUCCCUCUUCUGUGUGCAGCUACCUUGGGUGUCAAUCCAUGUACCGCCUAUAGAAUGUUGUGUGACUUUGAGACAUUGAAACCUGGUGACUCUGUGAUACAGAAUGCUGCAAAUAGCGGUGUGGGCCAAGCAGCAAUUCAGAUAGCCAAAGCUAGGGGACUGAAGACCAUUAAUGUUAUCAGACAGAGACCAGACCUCCAGCAGUUGACGGACAGCCUGAUGUCAUUGGGAGCUGACUAUGUGAUCACAGAGGAGGCACUCAGGAAACCAGAGAUGAAAGAAUUGUUUAAGAAAGUCCCAAGACCACGUCUCGCACUGAAUGGUGUUGGAGGCAGAAGUGCUACAGAGAUCCUGCGGCAUUUGGAGAAAGGAGGGACUAUAGUAACAUAUGGUGGAAUGGCAAAACAGCCUGUCACAGUUCCAGUGAGUGCACUUAUUUUCAACAAUGUUAAAAUCCGUGGAUUCUGGGUGACACAGUGGAAACGAGACCAAGGGCAUGACUUGUUGCAGGAAAUGAUCUCCGAGCUGUGUGACUUCAUUCAAGCAGGGAUGCUGAUGGCGCCAGUUUGCACCAAGAUUAAAUUCCAGGAUUAUCAAACUGCUCUCGAAGCUGCUGCAACACCGUUUAUAUCCAGCAAGCAAAUCUUAAUCAUGUGACUUCUUUCAAAACUGUAAUUAAUCUUCUAAAAAAAUUACAAAUUGUGAUAUUCUCUUCAGAAAGACAAAGGAGCAGCUUUUUCUCCCAACUGCUUAAUCCAGUCUGAAAUGUUAAGGCCUGCCCAACAUAUCUUGGUUUCAUAAUGCUAUCUCUAGAAGUGGGCGGUUAAUUGUUUGAAAUGGACUGGGUCUGUGCAAUGUAUAUAUUAAAACAGUGUAGCUAUCAUGCAAAUUGUGCCACUUUCUCUUCCUCUGGAUUUUCACUGUCUAGACAGCAGCUCAGUGACAAGAACCUGCCAUAAUUGGGGGAAAUAGGUUACAUACUGGAAGGAUGUAAGGAGGAUGCACAAUACCCACCACCAUGAAUUUUCAAAAAUUGUUCGGUUUGAAAAUAAACUUAUAAAUUGAAACGGAAAAUAACGAUGAAAUGGUUUUUAGUUUGUAAUUUAUGUUUAAUUAUAGAAUUAAAAAAAGUAUAGAAUGAGGCCUUUUAGCUCAUUGA